AGUACUAAUCUACUAAUAUAGUAAUCAUAGCUAGGUCACCGGCACUUGAACUAUACUCGAAAAAUCAUCGACAUGGCCCCAAAAUCGUCGCUCAAGUCGGCUUCAAAAACGUCGAUUUCAAAUCCUGGAAAACGUACAUCGUUUUCUGCUGAUCUAAUUUCCAAGCCGAAGCCAAUACCGAAACCUGCGAAGGAGCCUGAAGUUAUUUCAGAAAAAAGUGAAGACUCGGAUGCCGAGGACGAUGAACAUCUUUAUGGUUUCUCAACAGACGAGGAUGAUUCAUCCGACGAUGAUGCAGUGGCUGAUGAAGAGGUUGAUAUCGGGCGACUACCUACUGUCGCCAAGGAUGAUGCAACAGUAAAGAGGAAACUUGAGAAAGCGAAACGGCAUCCAACUCAAGACCGAGGUGUAAUAUACAUGGGCCGCCUACCACAUGGGUUCUACGAAGAUCAGUUGAAAGGAUAUCUCUCUCAAUUCGGGGAUGUAACAAGAUUGCGUGUCUCACGGAACAAAAAGACUGGCAGAUCAAAACACUACGGUUUUGUUGAGUUCGACUCGGCGUCUGUCGCGCAAAUUGUCGCAGAGACAAUGGAUAACUAUUUGUUGAUGGGCCAUAUACUCAAGUGCAAGAUAAUACCCAAGGAGAAGGUGCACCCCGAGUUGUGGGUAGGUGCAAAUAAAAAGUGGAAGGCCAUCCCAAGAGAUCAGAUUGUGCGGAAAGAACAUAACAAGCCACGAACCCAAGAAAGCAUGCGAAAAGCCGAGAAGCGUCUGAUUCAAAGGGAAAAUGAGAGGAAGCGAAAGCUGGCCGAAGUUGGCAUUAAAUAUGAUUUCGACGCUGUCAGCUAUAAAAAGAAACUCAAAACAGUGGCGUCAUAAUCUAAAUUGACAUGUAUCUCGAUGUUUCAUCUAGCGAGGAAAUAUCCUGUAGUAUUAUGUCUUCUUAUAGCUCUUGCAGUGCUUGGCUACCCUAGAGACUCGACUUGUGCUUGAGAAAACUUCCUCAUUUCAACUUGCGGAUACUGCUCUCGAUUGUCGAUUAGUUCCCAGCGGCAAGCUCAGACAGUAUAGAUAGCUCUGCGAAGUGUUGUGUGUUCUCCUCCAGGCCGGCAGCUGUUUGCUCUCCCAUCUACCCCCCUGAGUGCAUCGGUAUUGAAUAUUGAGGCCUGAGGGCGCUUCCGGACAUAGCAGUCUGUAUAGCACAUUUUGCGAUCACUUCUCCAGAAAGCUCUGGAGAAGAAGAACCGCUGCCAAUCAGUGCUAUGACAUCAACACUGUACCUU